GACCUUUUACCCGCCGAUGGUAUUCUAAUUCAAUGCAACGACUUGAAGAUUGAUGAGAGCGCACUCACUGGUGAAUCGGAUCAGGUGAAAAAGAGCGAAACCAAGGAUGUCUGUCUUUUCUCUGGUACAAACGUCGUCGAAGGCUCCGGUCGUAUUGUCAUCACUGCAGUUGGUAUCAAUUCUCAAGCUGGUAUAAUCUUCGCGCUUCUUGGUGCUACAGACGACGAUGGAGAGAAGAAAAAGAAGGACAAGAAAGCGGACUCCAAGAAGUUUUCCAAGGAUAAGGUGGACUUAGAAAAGAGCCCUGAAGCGAUUGCCCUAAAGGGGGGUGAAAAUGAGGCUAAAGAAAAGAAGAAAAAGAAGUCGAAGCCACGCAAGGAGAAGUCCGUUCUGCAAACCAAACUCACCAAACUCGCUAUUCAAAUUGGUUAUAUCGGAACUGCCGUCGCAAUUCUCACGGUAGUAAUCCUCGUGCUCAAAUUUACAAUAACCACCUUUGUGAUUGAGAAGGAGCCCUGGCAUACGGGAAAGCAUUUGAAGAGGCUAGUAGGUUUCAUAAUUACCGGUGUGACAGUGUUGGUGGUCGCUGUACCUGAGGGUUUGCCUUUGGCUGUCACUCUAUCUCUCGCCUACUCCGUUCGAAAGAUGAUGGACGAUAACAACCUGGUUCGCCAUCUGGACGCUUGUGAGACGAUGGGCAAUGCAACAGCUAUCUGUUCAGACAAGACAGGUACACUCACCACGAAUCGAAUGACAGCCGUCCAAUGCUACAUAGGUCAGAAGCACUACAAAAACAUUCCAAAUGGAACUGAAUUCCCUGAUAGGGCCUUUAAACUCCUCAAACAAGGCAUUCCAAUAAACAGCGGCUACACCUCCAAAGUUUUGCCACCAACUCAUGCCGGAGGUUUGCCACAACAAGUGGGUAACAAAACUGAUUGUGCUCUAUUGGGUUUCGUCAAUGCAAUCGGCGGAAAUUACGAAGCAAUGCGAUCUGAAUGGCCAGAGGAACGUCUUUAUAAAGUCUAUACCUUCAACUCAGUCCAAAGCAAGUCAAAUUCUCAUCGAAAACUCGCACUAUCUAUUGAAUGGGAAUUAAUAGCAGUUCCUCUCUCUCUUUCCAGAUGUAAGUGGAUGUUGGAUGGUUCUGGUGAGACAGUACCCUUCUCUCCAAAGGAUCAAGAUAACUUAACCCGGGACGUCAUUGAGGCCAUGGCGGGAGAUGGUCUUCGAACAAUUGGAAUUGCUUUCAAACGCUUCCCAGCUACUGAGAAGGAGCCGAAUUGGGAUGAUGAAGACAGUAUUCUCAACGAUUUAACUUGCGUCGGUAUCGUCGGUAUUGAAGAUCCAGUUCGGCCUGAGGUCCCACCGGCUAUUCGUCAAUGUCAAAAUGCUGGUAUCACUGUCCGUAUGGUGACUGGUGACAAUGUGAACACUGCUCGUUCGAUUGCUACCAAGUGUGGUAUACUCCGCCCGGAUUCGAACUUCCUUGUUCUCGAGGGCACGGAAUUCAAUCGACGUAUAAGAGAUAAAACCACCGGUCAGGUGAAACAGGAGCUGUUCGACAAGAUCUGGCCUCACCUGGCUGUGCUUGCUCGUUCAAGUCCUCAGGACAAGUACGUUUUGGUGAGCGGUAUCAUUAAGAGUCGCAAGACCCCGCAACGUCAGGUAGUGGCAGUCACUGGUGAUGGCACUAACGAUGCGCCGGCUCUCAAGCGUGCUGAUGUUGGUUUCGCUAUGGGUAUCGCUGGUACCGAUGUGGCCAAGGAAGCCUCCGACAUUAUUCUCACUGAUGACAAUUUCACCAGUAUCGUCAAAGCUGUCAUGUGGGGUCGCAAUGUUUACGAUUCCAUUGCCAAAUUCCUCCAAUUCCAACUGACUGUCAAUUGUGUCGCUAUUACUGUCGCUUUCAUUGGUGCUGCCUUUGUCUCUGAUAGUCCACUCAAAGCAGUGCAGAUGUUGUGGGUGAAUUUGAUCAUGGAUACGUUGGCGUCUCUGGCCUUGGCCACUGAGUUACCUACACCGGAGUUGCUUGAGCGCCAGCCCUAUGGCCGAAACACGCCACUUGUGAGCCGAAGCAUGAUGAAGAAUAUCCUUCUGCAUGCCGCAUACCAACUUGCCGUUAUUCUCGGGCUCCUUUUUGCAGGCAGGUCUUUUCAUUUGUGUCCAUCCACUCCUCGUGAGUAUGUGUUGGAGUGUGACAGUGCAAGAGAAUUCGUUUCUCAUGGUAUCUCCAAGCCUACUCAACACUUCACAGCCAUCUUCAACUCAUUUGUAUUGAUGACCCUCUUUAAUGAAUUGAACGCGCGUAAAAUACAUGGUCAACGCAAUGUCUUUGCCGGUGUCUUUAAUAAUUGGAUUUUCCUUGUUAUUUGGGUUGUCACUGUAAUUCUGCAGAUUAUCAUUGUCGAAUUCGGUGGCUACGCCUUCUCCACACAUGGACUUGAUCUUAAUCAGUGGAUGUGGUGCUUAUUCUUUGGUAUCGGUGAACUUGUCUGGGGUCAGUUGGUCAUCUCAGUACCCGACUCCAUUAUUCCUGUGUGCAAAUGUAAGAAAACUGUUGAACCAGAGCCCGAAGAACCCGAAGAGGAGGGAGACAUCGAGGAAGAACCCUCUGGAACGCCCUCAGAAGAGGAUGAGACCGCAGUCAAAGGUCAGAUUCUCUGGCUACGUGGUCUCAAUCGUCUCCAGACUCAGGUGAGUCCAUUUAGCUCAUUCGUUUUGCUAUUUGUUCUAAAUCAGUUACAUAGCAGGGAAGAAUUCAAGAAUAUAACAGGGGUGUUUACCACUUCUAAACGGAAUGUCUACAGUGUAAAACUGCCAACCGUUAGCUCUAUCACAGUCUCCAACUUGCAGGUCCUGAUGCACCCAGAUUUAGACCGCGGAAGAGAGUUUGAUUGUGUCUACGCUCUCAAGGUUGUCAACGCCUUCCGAAUGGGUUUGGAUUCAAGAAUUGACAGCGAGCAGCGCAAGAGUCUCUCAGCAAUUGCUUUCCGACAAAGGCAGUCUAUGGAUGCUAAUGAAAAUGCUGGCGAAAAUGAGUGUGCUGGCUCAUCUGGAGCUCGGACUGAGCGUGCCGUGAUGCACUGA